AUGCCGUUUCAAGCCGUUUGCUGCUGUCCUCGUCACAAUGAAUGGAAGCAUGGAAAAGUAAAUGGUGAGCAAUUGCGUCAGUGUACCCGCGAGGAAGCGAGCGUCCUCAACCUUGCUAGUGAAGACCCAAAGAACAAGGGGAGGAAAAGAAAAAUUUGUGUUUCUUGCCGUUCAAGGCUGCACGCUGAAGUCAAGUGCCAGAAACUGGAGGUAAGGUUCACACCUUCUUUUGUUCACAUUCAGUUUAUGCCUUUUUGAAUUUGUUUUGUUCAUAAGUUAUCUUUGAAACACUCCGCGUUGGUUAUCGGUAAAGCCCUCUCGAAUAAUAAGUCCUUUUAUGUUUGUCGCGUAGGACUCUUUUAUUUAGACAUUUUCACGGGCUUUGGUUUAUUUCAAUUGGCAUUUGUGGCAUGUGUUUUUGUCACACGUGCACCUCCUCUACAUGCGUUUGACAGAACCCUCCCAAACAUCAUUUGUAUGGUUUCUGAUGGAGAUAGAUUGAAAAACGUUUUUAUUUAUCAGUGAAUAGUAUUUGUAAAGCUUGUAUACUUUGUCAAUUAAGAUUUAUAUGUAACUUGCUGACCAUCAGUAAAGCCUGUUAUUUUUUCUUAGCAGCUUAGGGUAAACAUCAACAGAAACACAUACCGUAAAUGAUCGAUUAAGCGCCGCGACGCUUAUUUUAUUUUCUACGUAAAGGUGUAGCACUUAUUCGAAAGCUGCCCUUAUUCGAGAGCAGCACUUAUUUAAAGCACGGACGAAACACCGAGAGGAAUAUAGAGAGAACUCAGAGUUGUGCAGGAAAAAGGACAAAGUGUACACCACGCUCCAUCAUAUGAACCCAGUGUCAAGAAUUUCCCAACACAAAACACUUAAGAACUCACGAGUUGGUCAUGGUCUUAUUUCUUAGAAAAAUGCUAUUGAUAUAUAAAGGUGGGGUGUUCUUUUGUAAAUACCCAAGUUAGAGCCACAGCACCUAAUUGAGAGUGGCACUUGUAACAUUAUUCACGGUAAAGGUGCGGCACUUAUUCAAGUAGCGGCGCUUAAUAGAUCAUUUACGGUAAACAGCCCAAAGUAGACUUCAUGACAAAUGUUCCUUAUUAUUAUUACUGUUAUGUUGACCUGUUUCACUUGAGGCAAAAGUUCUGCAUGCAUACAUGUUUCGACUCUGUUAUAAUUGUUGUUUGUAAAAUGUAUGCCUUUACUGCAUGUCUGGAAAUCUUGCAUGUACAAAAGUACAUGUAAGGUCUUGUUCCAGCUUAUGUUUGUUCUUAUGUUGUGAGACAUAUGCAGGCGAGAAAAAAUAUAUUGAAAACCAGUCUCUUUUGAUGGAAACAAAUAUGAGUGUUUUCAACAACUUCAAUUUGACUACUAUGCAUUGGUGAGCAGUCCAGUUUAUGUACAUUUCUCAGAAUACUGUCUCUGCCACAUUAAGUUUGUCCCUUAGUUACUUGUUUCACUUCAAAUAAUAACUGUUAACCCUUAACAAUAUUUUAUAAUCUUUACUCCUUGGAUUAAGUGCUUUCUGUAAUCCCUGGGUAUUCUUUCUUUACUUAGGAAAUUUGUACAAGGGCUCAAUUUGGAAGUAGCAAUGCAAGUACUUGCAAUGUGGGGGAUGUGCCUGAUGAAGUUGAAGCCUCAACGUCAGGUGACAGCGUAAGCACAUCCUGUGUGGCAGAUGUCCUUCAUGAGAGUGACAUAUUAGAAGUAAGAGCAGAACCAACAGCUCACAUUCCGGCCUCUUCGGUUGCAACUUCUUGUGACAGAGGCACUCAAAAGCCCCCAGUACGCCAAGUACCCUACAAGGAGUUGUCCGACCGGGCACAAAGGCUAGUCAGGGCUGACGUCAUUGAGUUGAUGAAAGAUGAAAUAAUGAAAACUGUUCAUUUUGUGCCAGAAGAUAUGUCAGAAUUUAUGAAUGAAUUACUUCAAAACAGGAAUUUCCGUUCAGUAUUUGGGCUUGAUGUGGACAAUCAAGACAUUUGCAAUAACCCGACCAUGCAAUCUCUUGUAAAAGAGUAUAGAGCUUGUAUGGACAAAGAAGAGAAAAGAGAAGCGAGAAGGAGGUCCUUAAAACAAACAGGCAAAAUUUGCAUUGGUAAUUCACUUAAGGAUUCACGUGUUACUCUCACAGGUGAAAAAACACCAGAGCACUUCAAGGACAGGGUUAGUGCUGCAAAUUCCAUUGGCAGACUAACUUGUUAUGCUGAUGAGAGACGAAGACUUUUGUCCAUUGUUGCCAUGGACUAUCCGUACAGCAUGUUGCAAGAAUUGUUUCACUGUUCUUCAAAGACAGUAGCGGCGGCAAAGGUCCAUUGUAUUUUGUUUGGCUGUGGUGGAACCCCUCCAGCAAAAUUCAAAUUUACAAGACAAUGUGUCAGUCCUGAUGUGCUGAUGGAACUGUCUGAAUUUUUCAAUAGAGAGAGUGUUUCAAGGCCUUCUUCCUGCAGAAGUGUAAUAACAGAUGGCCAGGAAACACCUGUCAGGUAUUGGAAGGACAAUGUUAAAGAGAUUGUCAACCAAUAUCUCCUGGAAUUCCCCAAUGGCGUGAAGCGCACUUUUAUUUACACACACCUUCCACCCAAUUUCCGCUACAACACCAUGCUUGCAGGGCUUUGCAAUCUCUGUGAUGAGUUUGGACAUUCAAAUUUUGAGAAGUUUAUGACUUUGCUUGGCAGUGUCGAAAGAGCAACAAUGGUGUCUGUUAAGGAUUUGAGGGAAAAAUUGUUGCAGCACCAACGCUUCAUGAAGACCCAGUUUGCCCACCAGGUGCAGAGGCAUUCUCCAUGCUUAGAGCUCUGCAUGACCAAUGCAUUUGCCUCCUGUUCGCAUCCUCAUGACAGGUUUUGCCCAGAUGCUUGUGCAUUUAUGAUGUUUACAAGCAAGUGCAGAUGCUGUUGUCAAGUGUGCCAAGUGGACAAGACUGAGACUGAGCAUGACUGAGUAAGGACGUGUGAUUGUUAGCUCCGUAACUUUUGUUGCACUCUUCCAUGCGUUCUGAUAUUUUUUAUGGAAUUUUCAUCGCCACUUUCAUCUCUGUUUAAACGGAAAACGAGAAGGAGUAAUUCACCGACCAGCGAGACCAUUUCCCCCGAAACGAAGCGGUUGAAAGAGAGUGUGAAAGAAGACCAAGCGAACGCUCCACCCGCCAUUGUAUCGCCACCAAAGUCGAAGAACGAUUGUGAAGACGUAGUUCUGUCUGCCCUCAAUAUGGCACAAGAUUUCGCCUCCAAAGUGGACCUAAUAUUAUCAAAGUUAAGUCAACUGGAAAAUAUCGGCACACAAAUAAAUGUUUUACAGGACUCUGUGGAUCGAAUAAAUCAAACGGUCGCAAACCUUCAAAGCGAAUUCCACCGCUUAAAGGAAGACGUACGAAAUACAGUCGAAGAAACAAAUACGCUUAAAACAAGCGUAAAAUUCCUGAAUGAUGAAGUGGAAACUAGCAAGAGAAAACUCAGAGAUGACGAAGAGAAGUCACGACAGGAGCUGGAUCACUUGCGUCUCCAACUCUUAAAUUAUGAAGUGUACAGCCGCCGCGAAAAUCUUCGUUUCUACGGCAUUCCAGAAAUCGAAGGGGAAGAGAAUACUGAACCCGUUUUGAAAGCUUUCUUGGAGAAAGAGUUAAAUGUGGAAAACGCUCAAUCUAUUGAGUUCCAAAGAGUCCACCGCGUCGGUAAAAAGGACCGAAACACAAGAAAACCCAGGGCCAUCAUAGCACGCUGUCUUCGCUUUAAAGAUCCAGAAAACCUCUUUUCUUGCCGACGCAACAUCGAUAGCCAGUCGAAUUUCGGUAUUGGCCCUGAUCUACCUAAGCAGGUGAUUGAUAUGAGGAAGAGGCUUAUUCCGAAGAUGGUACAAGCAAGAAAAGAUGGAAAACGGUCAGCCUUCAGUAGAACAGAACCCUAUAAACUCUUUAUUGACGGUGUGGAGGUAAAAUCAUAAAUAAAUAGGUUCCAGGUUAUUUAUUUUUAGAAUUCGCAGGAAGUAGUUCACUUCUUAUUUUUUUCGUUUCUAUUGGGAGCUAUCGAUUAGCAUAUUCCUUAGUUCUCUUCUGAAGUUCGAUUUAAACAAAAGUAUAACACUUGAUCUCGUCCAGGCGUAGCUUCAACAGUUUAAUUCUUUACACUGGCUACGCUUUUCAUCUCGUUUCUUUUGUUUUGUUAUGUAUGUUAUUCUAUAUUUAUUCAGUUUGCACUUGACAAAAUCAGGAAUGCGUUAAUUGUUCGAGUAACAGUGACCCUUCUGGGAAUAACAGCUACUGUUGUUGUCUUUUUUCCACUACACGUAUGCAAAUUUCAAUGGAUUUCAACAACUUAAAGUUUAAAAACUCUUUCGCUGAACGUUCGGGGUAUCCGUUCUUUUGAAAAACGUAAGUCCAUUUUCAACUGGCUAUACAAGCAAAAUUCAGACAUCUGCUUUCUGCAGGAAACUUACAGCACUGAAGAGAUUGAAAAUCAAUGGAAAAAGCAGUGGUCCGGGGACAUUUACUUUGCUCAUGGCUCUAACCAUAGUCGUGGGGUCGCCAUCCUUAUACGCAAAUCCUUUGACUUCAAAUUGAAAUCAAUUCGAUCGGAUGAGGAUGGGAGGUACCUCAUUUUAGAGACAACUAUUCAAGAUGUUCCAUUCCUUCUGAUAAAUAUUUACGCUCCCAAUACCACUACUAAGCAAUCGUUGUUCUUCCAAACAUUGUCUGAGCUUAUCUAUGAUGAGGGAUACAAUGAUUUUGACUACAAAAUUAUAUUAGGAGGGAUUGGAACGUAACUAUGGACCCAGACCUAGAUUGUUCGGGUGGAAACCCUGUGUUAAAAGACUCAGUUAAGUGUGUGGAGGACAUUAUGCUGAAUUAUGAUUUAGUUGACAUCUGGAGAAUCCGUAAUCCUAAUAGCAAGAAAUUUUCUUGGAGACAAAAAAGCCCAAUUAUUCAAAGACGCCUUGAUUAUUGGCUCAUUAGUGACCUAUUACAAGAUGACGUAGCUAAAGUCGACAUAGUGACAGCUAUAAGAACGGAUCACCAUGCAAUAACUUUAGAAAUUGACAGUCUAAAUGAUCAGCAGCGUGGCCCAUCUUUUGGAAGUUCAAUAACAGUCUCUUGGAUGACGCUUUUUUCGUUGAGCGCGUUACGCGAGAACUUUCCUAAGUGGAUAGACGAAAUUAAUUUUUUUGCGAUGAUUCGAGAAUUAAAUGGGACUGGAUGAAAUACAAAAUUCAUGGGGAAAGUAUAUCGUAUAGCAAACUGAAAGCUAAAGAAAGGAGAAAUAGAAUUCAAACAAUUGAAAACAGGCUUAAAAUAUGUGAGGGAAAAAAAUAGCAGAAUCACCGACGCAAGAAAACCUUGCCAACCUCGAAUCGGUCAAAAAACAGAAUACGAACAAGAGUAUGAUUACAUUGUAAGAGGCUCAAUCAUUCGUUCCCGCGCUACAUGGUUUGAACAAGGGAAAGAAACAACAAGUAUUUUCUAAAUCUGGAAAACAGAAAUAAAAAAAAGCUGCAUACGGAAACUUAUUCGAGCAAAUGGAGAAGAGACUACUGUUCCGGACACUAUUAUGACUGAAAUUCACAGUUUUUAUUCUGAACUUUAUGACGAAAAAGUCGGGAAUACAAACUGACUAUUCGAUUUGUCCUUUUCUGGAAGAUACCCUCUCAUCUCCUACGUUAACCGACUCAAUGCGGGAAACGUGCGAGGGUCAAUUAACAUAUUCGAAUGUUUCAAGGUUCUGUCUACCUUUAGUAACGAUAAAACUCCUGGAAACGAUGGGCUCACUAUAGAAUUUUACAAGUUCUUCUGGUCAGAAAUCGGAACAUUUCUAGUGGACUCAUUAAAUUAUGCGUAUUUUCAUGGUGAAUUAUCACAUUCGCAAAAGCAAGCCGUAAUAACGUUAAUUGAGAAAAAGGACAAAGAUAGGAGAUGGAUUAAAAACUGGAGACCGAUUUCUCUGGUAAAUGUUGAUGUUAAAAUUGGCUCAAAAGCUAUCGCUAAAAGGCUAGAAAAUGUCCUACCACAUAUUAUCCAUUAUGACCAGAAUGCCUUUGUAAAAGGACGAACAAUUUUGAUGCAACUCGUACGAUAACCGAUGUGUUGGAAUUUACUAAAAUGCGAGACUACCAAGGUAUAAUGACUGCAAUUGAUUUUGAGAAAGCCUUCGAUUCUCUAAAUUGGAACUUCCUCCACAAAUCGCUAGAGUUCUUUGGCUUUGGAGAAUCCUUCUUGGGGUGGAUCAAGACGUUUUAUAAUAAUAUAUCAAGUUGUGUUUUCAAUAAUGGUUUUUCCACCCCUCUUUCAAUGUUAAAAGGGGUGUUCGCCAGGGCGACCCACUCUCGCCAUCUCUUUUCAUAAUAGUACUUGAAUUAUUGGCAUUAUCCAUACGUAAUAACGAUCAAAUUAAGGGUAUUGAGGUGGAUGGUUCCGAAAUCAAAUUAGUUAUAUUCGCUGAUGAUAUGACAUCAUUUGUUAGGGACAAAUUUUCGCAUCGCACCCUUUUUGAUACUAUCGAUCUGUUUAGUACAUACUCCGGAUUGAAGGUCAAUCACGACAAAACAGAAAUUCUUCUACUAGGAAAUAUGGAAGUAAACAGCUCAGAACUAGGUGUUAAUGAAAUAAGUAAGGCCAUAAAGAUCCUAGGGGUUCAUUUCACCUUUAAUCACGCACUGUUUUAUAAGCUUAACUUUGAAUCAAUCGAGAAAUCUCUGAGAGGAUUGCUGAAGGGCUGGAGCUGGAGAGGUCUUACACUACUUGGAAAAAUUCAAGUGAUCAAGUCUUUCGCCAUACCAAAGAUUUUAUACAGGGUUGUUCUCAUUUCAAAUAAAGAAGAGUUUAUCAAAAAAUAAAUACUUUGCUAUAUUCCUUUGUUUGGAAGGAAAAGAUAAAGUAAAGCGCAGAGCUUUUAUUAACCCUAUUGAUAAAGGAGGCUUGAAAAUGCCCAACAUUGAGUCAAUGAUCUCUGCCCAAAGAAUAAUUUGUAUUAAGAGAUAUCUCUCCAUUGAUCCCGCUGGCUGGAAGUUUUUUUCUGAAUUUUUAUCUUAAGAAAGUAGGGGAAAAUUCUUGUUUCAUUGCAAUUUUAACUACACUAAACUACCGGUAACUCUUCCAGAAUUUUACAAAAAGAAUGCAUUGUGGCGUGGACCCUUUUAAAUGAAGACAACCCCUCCUCAUCCUCUGAAAUAGCAAAUCAGGUCAUAUGGAACAACCAGUUCAUUUGCAUUGAAUCAAAGUCAGUCUAUAACAGUAGGCUGAUUGAUCUUGGAAUUGUAAAAAUUGGAGACCUCUACGACACGUGGGGAGGUUUCAAGUCGAACAAGGAACCAUUAUAUUCAACUCUUUCACCAGUUGAACAUUUUCUACUUUUCAGUCUCUUCAAUGCUUUUCCUGAAGAAUGGCGCAAAAUAUUAAAAACAAAUAAAAACUCAUCUCUUCAAAAACUCAUGAUCUAAUCCAAACUGAUUUCAAGUUACGUAUUGAAGGGAAAAAAGUCAAUUUCCAAAAUCUUAAAUCAAAGUCAUUAUAUGACAGUUUUGUUUCUAAGAUAUCCAGUAUACCAACAGCGCAAAAGAAAUAUAACAAAACUUUCAGCACACACACAUUUCAGUUGGACUGGGAAAAGAUAUAUCUACUGCCCUUCAAAACAACAUUGGAUACUAAAUUAAGAGAAUUCCAAUAUAAAAUAUUAAACAGGAUCUUAUACACGAACAAGGUGCUGUUUAAGUUCAAAAAAGUAGAUUCUCCCUUGUGCGAUUUUUGUGAAAAGGAGUUGGAGACCAUAGAACAUCUCUUUUUCCAUUGUACAAAAGUAAGCAUGUUUUGGAAUGAUUUAAAGUCUGUACUUGAUUCUUUUAAUAUAACUAUUAGGUUUGAUAUCAUGAAUGUCCUUUUUGGGAUCUUAGAUACAGAUAAUAUAAGCAUUCUAGUCAAUUACAUCAUUCUUGAAAGCAAAUAUUUUAUUUACCGCUGUAAGUUAAAUAAGGGCUCUUUAUGUGUAAGACUGUUAGUCGAUAAAUUUAAAAAAACGUUUCAAACUGAACGUUUUAUCGCGAAAAGAAACAACAAAAUCCAUUUCCAUGAUAAAAAAUGGAAGCCGUUACUCCCAUUAAUACAACAGUAGCUGUUAUCCAAACUUCGUUUUUCUAAUACUCCCUGUAUUACUCUGUAUUUUAAGUUCAAGUCGAAUAAGUUAUGUAAGCCUUGUAGUGUAGUGCAGUGUAGCUUUUUAUUUAUUUAUUCUAUUUUUUAUUUAUUUAUUUAUUUUUUGUAAUUAAGGUAGUUGUUGUAAAUUUUGUAAUGUUUGUAUGUUUCGAUCUGUAUGUUGUUUGUACUAUACCUGUAAAAAGAAAAAAAAAAAAAAAAAAAAAAAAAAAAAAAAAAAAAAAAAAAAAGUGUGCCAAGUGCAAGUGAACAAGAUUGCCUAAGGAAAGAAGUGGAUGAUCUGAUGCAAGUUCAUACUCAAUACACGGCACAUCUGUUAUGGACACGUCAUCAGGGAGAGUACUAUAAGUACAUUCUGGACAACCUGCAGGCUGGUGAAGCUGUUGUAGUCGUCGACUACAAAAUGAAAUUGGAGUUAGGUGUUAGAAAACGAGAAAUCCAGAGAGACUGGUAUGGGAAGCGUGGAAUUUCCCUACACGGCUUCCUUGCCAUUGCUCAAGUUAGUGAAACAGAGAGAAGAACAGAGGUGAUUGAUCUCUGGAGUGAGGACAGAGUGCCAUGGACGUGUGCUUUCGCUGGAUGGAGAAGGAGUUCCCUGGCUUUCGAGUAUAUUUAUUUUCUGGUGAGUAUUCAUAUUAGUAAUACUAUUUACAUUUGUAUAGGUAAUAGCAUGAUUUGUAGUGAUAUUUGGCAUAAAUACCACUAGUCAUCAAAAUUGUUGUACAUAAUUUUGAGACAAUUUUGAAAUAUCACAAGUGAUAUUUAUGCCAAACAUCACAUACAGAUCAUGCUAUUAUUUGUUUAUACUACUACCUGCAAAAGGUUUGUAAUUUUCACGUGUAGGCAUUUCAAAUUAAGCUGAAAUACCACUGCUCUGAGCCAAUUAAAUUGCCGAAAUUUGUCUUGUAGAAGUAUAAAGAAAGGAAAUACAAUAUUGUAGUAUAGUAGUAAUUUGUAUCAGUUUGGAACAGUGAAUGGAAAAUACACUACAGUAAUCAAACUGUAAAACAUUCCUUGUGUCUUAAUCAGCUAUAACUUCCACCUGAGUUAUUAAAAAAUUCCCUAUGGGAUACAUUGUAUCUACGUCUAAAGGAACUGUCACUCCUUUACAACCAAGUGAAUCUGCAGAAUCUGCUUUUGAGUAUCCAUUGCAUUCUUCUAGGUCUAUUUGGGGCAGCACAUUUCUUUGGACUAAGUGUUACUUGGACAAAAGGGAUUGUGGACUCAAAACACAAGCUAUAAAACUGAGUACCUAAUAUUGUGAAAAUCUUUUUGUUAUUUAGACAAUGGCCCACACUACCACAAUAGAGGGUUCAUCCUGUAUUUCGCAGAAGUAA